CUUUCUUUCUUUAAUCAAUUCACAUCUGACAUCUAUCCUUCUCUAUACUCUAUAUAUAUAUAAAGAAACUUUGUCUUUCCUUAGCCUACAAAGACAAAGGCCACACACAAGUCUUCUUCUUUCUUUGCCUUUGCUUUGCUUCUUUCUAGGUUUCUGAUCUCUCCAUUUUCUUUAUUUUCUUUUGCUUGCUGCAUAAAUUUAUAGUUCAACAUGGCUUGUUGAUUAUUAGUUUCUUGUCAACCUUGACGAGUUGAAUAUCUGUAACUCGACUUGGUUUGUUCAAAGUUAAUUACUUAAUAGUAUAUUGUUAGAGAAAAAUGGAGAAAACAAAUUUUGCAGUGAAAUUGCCAAUUGGGUAUCGGUUUCAUCCAACAGAUGAAGAGCUUCUUGUUCAUUACUUGAGACGUAAAGUCUUUGGUGUUCCUUUGCCUGCUUCUGUUAUUCCUGACUUCGAUGUCUUCCAAACUGAUCCUUGGACCUUGCCAGGUGAUUUGAAGGAAAAGAGGUACUUCUUUAGCAGAAAAUGGGGAAGUGACAGUGAAAAUUAUAGAUGCAAGAGAGCUGCUGGUUCUGGUUACUGGAAACCUAUUAGCAAAAGCAGGCAAAUCAUAGCUUCUUUGAGCAACUAUGUUAUUGGAGUGAGAACAACUUUGAUUUUCCAUCAAGGAAAUAAGCAUUCUAAUAACUAUUAUGACUCUAAAACUCAAUGGGUCAUGCAUGAAUAUCGCCUUGUAGGCUCAGGAACAAUUCCUAACACAAAACAGGUGUCAAAGAUGAAAUUAGGAGAUUGGGUAGUUUACCGCGUAUUUCAAAGAAAGAGAAGACCUAAAAAGGAAAGGAUUGUCAUUUCCAAACCUUCAAGCUCAAGCAAACUGCAAACUACAAUGGAGGAAAGGUCUGAUAUUGUGGGUCCUAGUCAACCUUGUUCACCAUGUUGUAGUGGAGUCACUACUGAUGAAGGAGGUUUAGAUCAGGAAGAAACUAAUUCCUCCUGUAAUAGCUUUUCUAAUUUUCAUUAUUGUGUGAGGAAGAAUUAAAUUAAAACACUUUCCUAAGGGAAAUUUGUAUUAGAUCAAUAUGCUCUUCAGAUAAAUUAAUUAAUGAGAAUAGAAAAAAAAAAAAAAAAGAAACCAUUUCAUUCU